UGCUGGACAUGAUGAAGCAUGAUGUAAUAGUAAGGGGCUGGUGGUCAUACUAACCACAGAAACCACAGAGCUCAGCUAUAAAGGUUACACAGAACAGGAAGCUAUUCACAUCUCACCAAGUUGUAUCAGAGAGCAAGAUUUCAGUGCAAAGCAAGAUUUCACAGUGCAAUCAGCAUGGAUGAAGAGAAACUUGAAGAACAGGCCAGGCUGCCAGAGUACGACUCGGCCUCUACUCCAAAGAUGCGAGAGAUACAGGAGGAGAGUGCCUUUGACCUGUCGCAGAGUCCUAACCACAGCCUCACUCCAGAGGAGGAAUCUUACCUGAAACAGGUAAGCAAUCACAGUACGAAACUCAUGUGCAUCUUUGUAGGAUUGCAAUUCUGCACAGAAGUUUAACACUAUUUGUAUAUUGUGGUACCUACUCUUCCAUAUUAUAAUGACCACACGCGUGGUUUCUUUAGCAAAAAUUCCACAUUCACCGUACGAAACUACUUCAACGGAGCACUGCUAUAUUUUAUACAUCUGUGCCAAAAAGGCAUCAUCAAAGAACCGCUGGCACAUCUAAGUCAGCUGAAGGGUACAGUGCAACACAAUUGAUGAAUGUGGCACGCACAGAGGGUUUGAACAUUGAAGUCCACUGGCAAGAUGGCGACUCUUCUUCUAGCAAACGUGUCUUAAAAGUGUUUCCCGGUGCCAAAAUCAUGUUGUGCGGAGGUCAUGCUGCAAAGUCUCACCUCAAGCUACUGAUGGUUCGAGGCAAGCAAAAGAAGUUCACUGCCGCACUACGAGACAGGGAGAAACAUUUUUUUCCAGAAGUUGUUAAUGUCGAGUGUCACUGCAAAUCCAAAAAUUGUAAGGCAGGAUGCGGAUGUCUGACAGACGUGUUCUGCCAGCGUUCGAGAAAUAGCUUCUCCACCAUACUGUCGACCUGCGAGUCUGCCGUUGACUUCUCAAGAUGACUCAGUCAUCUAACACACCACGUACAGGAUGAGCACCAAUGGGAGGAAGAACAAACAUGUGAAAAACACUAUCUAACCACCUGUAAAGAAUGCGAGUUCGAAUCUGACGGCGUGGUUGCUCGACAGUGUGACUUUCACCCCCUUACACUAUGUAACUGCGGCAAGUGUGCCGAUAAAAAUCACCACGAGUGUGAAGGGAAACUGUAUCGUACAAAAGAGGCAUUACGUUGCCCCUUUCACCUACUAGCAUACAAAAUUGAGUGCCUGACGAGAACAAAAAUGGCCGACAAGCUAGUCCACCCCAUCCUGAAGCGUGGCCACUCCAAUUGGCUCGAGAGUUCACACAGUGUUCUGAUACGAUUUAGACAAAAGCACGUAUUCUUAGAGAGGCUCCAUUACAUUGUCUCAACCAACCUCGGCCUAUUGCAAGCCAACAUGACACACGAGUAUCAACAACAGGGGGCUGACUAUCACUGGAAAACCGAGCUCUACAAAAAAAUGAAUCUACCAUUGUACAAAGGUGUACAAGAGGUGUUGUCCAAGCAAAAUCAACAGAGGAAGAAAGUACUUGACGGAGUCAAAACAGAAAAGACCAAAAAACGACGAGUGCAGCUGAAGAAGCUAAGAGUGAUAGAUCGACAGCAACGCAUUGUCUGGACAGACCAACAUGGACGUGACACAUACGGAAAAAAAGCAACCAAGACUGCGUCCAGCCCUAAGAACAAAAAGCCAAGAGCCAAGAAACAGAGCAAAGACCAAGACGCUCACAGCCAAAAGCCAAGAGCCAAGAAACAGAGCAAAGACCAAGAUGCUCACAGCCCUAAGAACAAAAAGCCAAGAGCCAAGAAACAGAGCAAAGACCAAGACGCUCACAGCCCUAAGAACAAAAAGCCAAGAGCCAAGAAACAGAGCAAAGACCAAGACGCUCACAAGGAUGGACAGGACAGCAGUAACAACUCAGACUACGCAAGUGAGGAGUUUGAUAUGGACACGUUUGAAGAUGACAUCCUCAGUGGGUGCAUUUGCGGUGCUAAUGGAAAAGCUCACAAACGAUACUGUCCCAUGAACCCCAAAAACUAUCACAGGGAAAAGAAUCCCACCCGCCCUUACAACAAAAGGCUCAACCUGUCGCGCACUUUCGGUGAUGCAUAUGCCAGAAUACACUACGACGAUGUCCCAGACGAGCAUAACGUUGUCACUCCUGAUGGUGAUGCACAUACCAAAAUAAACGACUCAGACGUAGAGUGUUACGACGGUGUCCCAGAUGAGCCUGAUGGUGAUGACUCAGACAUAGAGUGUUACGACGGUGUCCCAGACGAGCAUGAUGUUGUCACUCCUGAUGGUGAUGCACAUGUACCAAUGACUGACGUAGACAGUGACCAUGAGAUCCCAGACGAGCAUGUCAGUGCUCACAAACACAUCAGCGAACCACACAUCAACGAUCGAACCAAUGCAGCACAACCCGAACCACAAAUCAACGUAGACAAGACGGACAGGCUAGAAGUUGGCAUGUACGUUUAUCUUCACAGCAGCCGUUUUGGAGAGCAGCACCUUCUCUGUCGGAUUGCUAAAAAAAAGUAGGCAAUCUUUUUCGGUUGUAUUGUGGCGGUGGUAUUCUUAACGCAAGCUAUUCCCCAGAAGUGUUGACAAUUUCUUUGAGUGACAGUAACCACAGCCUUUCACUAGGGAAUUGGCGCGCUUCUCCAAAUAUCUCUUUGGCUGCUGCCGCCCUUGAAGCUGCCUGCCUUGCUAAGUGCAAGUGUGUCAUUCCCAAACCUGUCGUUGUAGACAUUUCCGAAGAUGAUGGCCCUACCACAGCUGCUACAAGUGAAAAAGUAUGGAUGGAGAACUGUUUAUACAAAUUAACCAUCGCAGAAAAGGAAGAGGUAGUAUCUUCUUGUGGUUGGCUCAAUGACAGGGUCAUCACUGCUGCUCAGCUAUUAAUGCUACAGCACUCUCCUUUGAUGAAGGGAUUGCAACCACCUACGCUUGCACAGCGUCAGGCCUUCGAUUGUCACAAGGAUCAGAUCUUUGUGCAAAUUAUCAUUGUUGGUAACAGUCACUGGUGUGUUGUAUCGAAUGUGGGCUGUGACGAAGGUACAGUGAAUGUGUAUGACACGAUGUUUGCUAGACCUUCGAAUAUCACCGUACGGGUUGUAUGUAGCCUUGUCUCCUGUUCAACGCCCACACUAUCCAUCAAUAUGAUGGAUGUUCAGAGGCAGUCAAAUGGGUCAGACUGUGGCGUGCUUGCGAUUGCUAUCGCUUUCGAACUCUGCUGCCAUAGAGAUCCAUGUAUCCAGAAAUUUGGCAACACAGUUUCUAUUCGAUCUCAUCUUGCCAGGUGCCUUGAAGACUGCAAGCUUACCACAUUUAGCACAGGAAUUCGUAGGUGCCGAAACAAGGUUAAAUUUUCAAAGCAGGUUGAAAUUGCUUGUUUAUGUCGAGAACCCAAAGAUAAAAAAUCGAUGGUGAAGUGCAAAAACUGUAAAGCCUGGUUCCACAAGCACUGUUGCAGGGAAACCACACAAGUUGUAGUUCCCUGGACCUGUACAUUUUGUAGAAACUAAUUGCUGUUGUUUUUUCCAUUAUUCUACGUACACGUUGUAACUGUAAUGUUAUAUAUUAAGUGGUUGAAAGUGCUCCCAGAGAUAGUGGUGGUGUACAUUAAACCGCGGCCAGCAUCCGGAUGACGUGUGCGUUAUAUAAGAAUAUCAACUACAUGUACAUGUACACACACACU